AUGGAAGCAGUCAGGUCUCUGUUUUUCCCAAAGUGGUUUUCAGAUGUGCGUUUGGAGGGGAAGACAGCUAUAGUAACUGGGGCCAAUGCUGGAAUUGGCAAAGAGACAGCUAAAGACUUGGCUGGCAGAGGUGCACGGGUGAUUUUGGCAUGCAGAGACAUGGCAAAAGGAGAGCGGGCUGCUCACGACAUUGUGAGAGAGGUGAAAGAAGCCAAAGUUGUGGUCAUGCAGCUGGAUCUGGCUGACAUCAAAUCAAUCUACCAGUUUGCUGAGAAUAUCAGCAACACUGAGACAGCUCUUCACUACCUCAUCAACAAUGCAGGUGUGGCUAUGUGCCCCUUUGCCAAGACAGUGGAUGGAUUUGAGAUGCAAUUUGGAGUCAAUCACUUGGGUCAUUUCCUCCUGACCUUUCUGCUACUGAACUUGCUGAAGCACUCAGCCCCAUCUCAGGUCAUCAACGUGUCAUCAGUAGCUCACAUGAUGGGCAAAAUCCAGUUUGAUGAUCUGAGUGGUGAGAGAAACUAUCACCCUGUCAGGGCCUAUGCACAGAGCAAGCUUGCCAACAUCCUGUUUACCAAAGAGCUGGCCAGAAGGACUGAGGAUACAGGGGUGAGCGUGUUCUCUCUGCACCCGGGGGUGGUGCAGUCUGACCUGUGGAGGCACCAGCACCAGUGUAUCCAGCUGGCAGUGAAGAUCUUCAGGAUUUUCACCAAGACAACAGUGGAGGGGGCACAGACCACCAUCUACUGUGCAGUGGAGCCGGGCCUGGAGUGCCAGAGUGGAGGAUACUUCAGUGACUGCGCACCUGCGAGGUGCUCAAGGGCCGCAUCUGAUGAUGACUUGGCCCAGAAACUCUGGGAGAUCAGCUGCAGCAUGUUAGGCAUCACCUGGCAGUGAACAGCAGAAAAUUAACUGUGCGGUGAAGGACACUGUGGGCUAUUUCAAAAUAUCAUCUUUAAACACCACUGUUCAGCACUUUUAAAGAAGCCUUAAUAUAACUGUUACUGUUGCGUGUUUCAGUCAAAUUGUAUUUAUUAAACAAGCCUGUGUGAUGUUUUACCCACAUGUUAAACUGUUUGUUAGUGUUCACUGGCAGUCAAAUUGCUUUCAGUAUUUUUAGUAGAAUUGGAUGAAAAUGAUUGAUUGUGAAAGUUUCUCUUUCAUAACCCUUAAAACCUUAAUUUUCCGGUUUAACUGUGGCAGUGAGAAAGUUUUAGCCACUGAUGCAAAUAAUAUGGCUCCAAGCUGCCUCCUUUUUCAAAGUAACAUUUGAAUGAAAUAUGGUACAGGGCACACAUACUGUAGGCUACAUGGUUGUGGCUGACAGUAGAUGACAGUAUGAAGUGAGAUCUGUUUGGCUUUUAUAGCACAUAAAUGAUCAGAAUGUACAUUUAUUAAUCAAUAAAUCUUGAGGCAUUUGUUGAAAUUCUGAGAAAGUCAUUGCACUGAAUUACCUUGUAUAAUUUAAUUUGCAGUGUCAGUUGUCUUUAGCUGAGGAAGGAAAAAUAAAUGUCUGUGGGAUGUUGUUGUAUUGAGGAAAUCAGCUGUGAUUUCAUUAUGGUUAAAUAUGGUGGUAAUCAUUAACUGGUUAUGUGUUGGCAUAUUGAGGUUUCAGUAACGCUUUAAAAUUGUGACUAUGUUAAUGCAAUAUGUUCAUAAUGUAAAAUUUAAACCUGUCAGCGUAGAAAACAUACAGUACUGCUACUUCUCUGUGAAUUUUCCAGACUAGUUACUGCAAAGUACAUAUUUAUGAGUACACAUGAGUAGGGCCCCAUUUUCUGAGCUACUUGGUUGACCUUUUCAGAUGCAGUAACAUGUGACACUGGUAUGAAUUUUGUCUGGGGGGAUUAAAAGAUUAGAUAAGAUUGGUGUAAUAAGCUUAAAGUCUCAAGCAGUGCAACCCCAACAGAUGAUGGAAUUUCUGUCACUUAUUUUACAGUGUUUAUUAAAGUGGCAAAUGUAAAAAGUAUGGGUGGUGUUUAGUAUUAGUCACUGUUGCACAAUUUGAUUCCCCAGAGAACAAUAAAAAAAACAUGUCUAGAAUC